AUGGGCCCUCUUGCGGUGAAGGUGGUGCUAAUGCAGCUGUUACUGCUGGCCCCACGCGCUACGCGCUGUGCCGAUGAAGAAAGUCGACUGGUUUGCUACUUCACCAACUGGUCCCCGGACAGGGCCGGUGAAUACGCGUUCAAUGUCAAUGACAUACCGGUCAACCUCUGCACCCAUGUCACGUACACGUUCGCCGGUGUGGACGAGUAUACGUUCGAGCUGCGGCCCACCAACCGGAAGUUUGACAUUCUUCAGCAGGGGUACGAGAAGUUUGCCAACCUGAAGAAAGAGCACCCGGAGCUGAAGCUUUCGCUGGCGGUCGGCGGAUGGGCGCACGGUGCGCUACCGUUCCAGAAGAUGGCGGCUACACUGAACGGUCGGGAAAUAUUUAUAACGAGUGUGGUCGAGUUUUUGAAGCGGUACGACUUCGAUGGCAUCGAAAUUGUGUGGCUCUGGCCGGGCAGUCCGGACCGUGGUGGAACGAACAGCGAUAAGGAUAAUUUGUAUCUGCUGAUAGCGGAGCUGAAGAGCGCCUUCCGGGAUGCGGGCAACGAACACUGGGAUGUGGCCGUGCAAGUGCCCCUCGACCGGUACCGGAUAGACCUCGGAUACCACCAGAACCAGCUGUGCAGAGUGGCCGACUAUCUGUACUUGACCGGGUACGAUCUUCGGGGUUCGUGGAAUGGAUUCACCGAUGUGCACAGCCCCAUGAACAACCGUGAGUUCGAUACGGGCGGUCUGAGGGAUUUGAACGUGAAGGGAGGCGUGCAGAACUGGAUGAAGAAUGGUUGCCCGGCCAACAAGAUCGUGAUCGGUAUGCCACUGUUUGGACGAACGUUCACACUAGAAAACAGUGCGACCAGCGGACUGAACGCACCAAUCACGGGACCCGGCGCACCGGGACCGUACACGGCGGAAGCGGGCUAUCGAGGUUACUUCGAGAUUUGUACCGAAAUGAAACAAUCCGCAUGGACGGUCGAUUGGGACGAGCGGGGCCUUUGCCCGUACGCGCACCAGGGCAACCAGUGGGUUGGUUAUGAGAAUGAAAUUUCACUCACAGAGAAAGCCAACUACGCCAGGUUCCAGAAAUUGGCAGGAGUGUACGCGUUUUCGCUCGAUUUGGAUGAUUAUAGAGGCAAGUGCGGUGCUCGGUAUCCGCUGCUAACGGCCCUCCGACAGGCGUACAAGCCGAAGAAGCUAUGUCCAGCGGAUGAUGGAAACGAUUUUACCCUCUUACGGGAGCCAUGUGACUUGGUUUAG